AAUUUCCAAUGCCGCAUUUUAAUGUUUGAUAAUUCGAUGUUCGUGAAUUUGAAACAACCCAGUUUCAAGUGAACAGUAAAGGAGAAAAACAACGGUCGUGGGCUUCUCUAAUCAUUGCACUUUUUCUCAAACUGAAAUUCUUUAAAAGUUUUUCGUUUUCAAUUCUUGGGAAUAAAAUAUAAUUUUUUUUCCUCUAUCAGAUUGUCUGGAGAAUUCAAUGUCUUUGUGUUCUGUUCCUUUCUGAUCUCUCAUAUCUCUCUCUCUCUCUAUUGAGACAGCCAUGGCCGACGAUCCUUCUUUCCUCCCCAAGGAUAGUUUUGUCUUGAAGCUUCCUAAAAAGUCGUCACUUGUAUUAAGAAUGGUCGUUCUCUUCUUUGUAAUGGUCUGCGCUGUGUACAUUUGCUCGAUUUGUCUUGAGCAAAUCGGAGUCAGUCCCAACUAUGGUUUCUUGAACGUUGAAGUCUUUGAGAGGCCUUGCCCUGAGCCUAACAUUGAACCAUGGGACAUUCCAUUUGUGCAUUACCCUAAACCAAAGACAUAUAACAGGGAUGAAUGUUCUUGCCAACCGGUUAGGUACUUUGCGAUUAUCUCGAUGCAGAGAUCUGGUAGUGGCUGGUUUGAGACUUUACUUAACAAUCAUACUAACAUAAGCUCCAACGGAGAGAUCUUUUCUGUGAAAGAUAGGAGGGCUAAUGUUUCGACCAUUUUUGAGACACUUGACAAAGUCUAUAAUCUAGACUGGUUGAGUAGUGCCUCUAAGAAUGAGUGCACUUCCGCUGUUGGCUUCAAGUGGAUGCUUAAUCAGGGUCUAAUGAAACAUCAUGAAGAAAUAGUAGAUUACUUCAAAACCCGAGGCGUCUCUGCAAUUUUCCUCUUCAGAAGAAACCUAUUGCGGCGCAUGAUAUCAGUACUCUCAAACUCUUAUGACAGAGAUGCUAAGCUAUUAAACGGGACUCACAAGUCUCACGUCCAUUCGCCUAAAGAGGCUGAGAUAUUGGCGGGUUACAAGCCAAUGAUCAACACAACACUUUUGAUAGCAGAGCUGAAUCAGAUUCAAGAAAUGACCUUGAAAGCAUUGGCUUACUUUAAUACCACUCGCCAUAUCCUUCUCUACUAUGAAGAUCUUGUUGAGAACCGCACGAGGCUAGACGAUGUACAAGAGUUUCUAAAGGUCCCAAAACGUGAGUUAAAGAGUCGGCAAGUGAAGAUUCAUCGAGGUUCAUUGUCACAACAUGUACAGAAUUGGGAAGAGGUCCAAACCACAUUAAAAGGAACCAAUUUCGAAAACUUGUUACGCCAAGAUUUUUAAGUUUUGUACAUAUAUCAGAACAACCUUGUAGGAAAAAUUUU